GUGCUAUCGAGAGGCUCCUCUCAAUUCCUAGACAGCCGAGGGCUGCGCCAGACAAGAGCCGCCGGGCCUCUGAUGACGCACUACCGGCCGCGCCGCUGUUCUUCCGGCCUCGGCAGGUGACUCUAACCCCUGGGUCUCCGUGUACCUCACGGACAGUGGUCGCUGCCCUGUGGGGAGCCCCCGGACAUCACGGGCUCCACUUCCAACCUUGAAGUCUUUUACAAUCAAAGCAAAGAGAAGAUUUGUGGAUGUUGAAUAUGCAAGGAGCUGAAGAGAGAGCGAUUGGAAGAGAGAUUUGUCCAGGUUGGAUGAACAAGCCUGCUCCAGAGCAGGAUGGCACUGAUAUUGAGUUGCCAGGGGUAGCAUCAAAGAGAUCCCGAGAGGAUGAAUACCAGGAUUCUACGUUUGAAGAAAAACAUAUAUGUGAGAACAUGAAGGAAAACCCUCCCAGAGAGGCUCCUGGACCACGCUUUUUCCGAGAAGGUUUUGGAGCAAUAACUUUUAUCCAUAAGGAAGCACCUCCAGAAAUGAUUAGCCAGGAAUAUCAUUUUGAGAGAGGCUUGCUUUUGACCUCAAGUCUUGUUACACAUCUCAGGGUUUCUACAGAAGAGAGCCUACAUAAAUGGGAGACAAGUAACAUACACACCAAUGAGAUUUCAGGCCACAGUAAAUGUUUGACCCUCUCUACACAGAAAAAAUCUUGGAAAUGUGGUGAAUGUGGAAAAACCUUUACUCAGCGCUCAUCCUUUACCCAGCAUCAGAGAACUCAUACAAGACCCUACACAUGUGAGGAAUGUGGAAAAACUUUUAGUCGUAGCUCAUUCCUUAUUCGACAUCAAAGAAUUCAUACUGGAGUGAAACCAUAUGAGUGUGAGCAGUGUGGGAAAACAUUUAGAUGUCGAUCAUUUCUUACUCAGCAUCAGAGAAUCCACACUGGAGAGAAACCGUAUAAAUGUAACGAAUGUGGGAAUUCCUUCCGCAAUCAUUCACAUCUCACUGAACACCAGAGAACUCAUACUGGAGAAAAACCUUACAAAUGUAAUAGAUGUGGGAAGGCCUUCAGUCAGAACACACACCUCAUUCAUCAUCAGAGAAUUCACACUGGUGAGAAACCUUAUUUAUGCAAUGAAUGUGGCUCUUCUUUUCGCAAACACUCAAAUCUUACACAACAUCAGAGAAUUCACACUGGGGAAAAACCAUAUAAAUGUGAUGAGUGUGGGAAAACUUUCCAUACAAAGGCAAACCUCUCUCAGCAUCAGAGAAUUCAUACUGGAGAGAAACCCUAUAAAUGUAAGGAAUGUGGGAAAGCCUUUUGUCAGAGCCCAUCCCUUAUUAAACACCAGCGAAUUCAUACUGGAGAAAAACCGUAUAAAUGUAAGGAAUGUGGCAAAGCUUUUGCUCAGAGCACCCCACUCACUAAACAUCAGAGAAUUCAUACAGGAGAAAGACCCUACAAAUGCAGUGAAUGUGGUAAAGCUUUCAUUCAGAGCAUUUGCCUUAUUCGGCAUCAGAGAAGUCACACUGGAGAAAAACCCUAUAAAUGCAAUGAAUGUGGAAAGGGCUUUAACCAGAAUACCUGCCUCACUCAGCAUAUGAGAAUUCAUACCGGAGAGAAGCCCUAUAAAUGUCAAGAAUGUGGGAAAGCCUUUGCUCACAACACAUCUCUUACUGAACAUCACAGAACUCACACUGGUGAGAAACUCUAUAAAUGUAGUGAGUGUGAGAAAACCUUCCGCAAGUAUGCACACCUUAGUGAACAUUACAGGAUUCACACUGGUGAGAAGCCUUAUGAGUGUGUUGACUGUGGAAAAUUCUUUAGACAUAGUUCAGUCCUUUUCAGACAUCAGAAACUUCACAGUGCUGAAUAAAUCUGGCAUUCAUGUGAUGGUUUCUCUAGGGAGAGUGCUAGGAAUCUGGCCUAGGGGAGAGGCACAGAAACAGUUCCUAGAGGGAAGGAUAAAGGAGCCUUGGACACCAUACUCAGAAGCAUAUUCCCAAAUAUGGAGGUGGGAAUUUGGAGAAUGCAGAGCCUACUCCAGGUGGGCAUCUGGGAAUACAAGAUAGGAAGGAAGUUCCUACUUGUCAGAGAAAUCUUGGCUCCUUGCCAUUCCUCUCCCUAGGGCACUCUAAUAGCUGGAGGUGCCAUUUAUUAAGUUAACACUGUUUCCCUUAUUACACUCCUGCCUUACCUCCCCAACUUGUCACCUGUGUUCACUGCUCACUAGGCUGGGUUGCUUUUCCAAACUGAUGCUCAAUGUGAAAGUGGCAGCUGUUCUGAGGUGGUGCUGAAUAGCCUCUAAAUGACUGAGGUGGCUAUUGUGGGAAGGCUCCCCAUCUGUGGGCGUGGUCCCAUGAAGGUUAGACAGAAACAAA